AGAAACAGAAAUAACUGUUGACUAGAGUGUGAUAUGUGCUUCUGUCAUGACUUCCUCUUCGUUUCUGAUCUCAUACUUGGUCAUUCUGCCGUCUGCUGUCGGUCGUGUUGCAGUCAGAGCUUCGGUCUUGGUUUGGUUUCCAGUUCAUUCCUGACAUUAAACGCAACUCUGAGAAACUUGUGGAAGCAGCCGGCGUCAAGUGUUGAUCAAGAACCGAAGACAUGUGGUCUUCAGGAAGUCUGUCUCUGCUGCUGUUUCCGCUUCUGUCCUGUUUUCUCCUGCAGGACCCCUCACUGGCUUUUUCUCUAAAAAACUGCACAAUUUUCUAUUCUGAAAAUGUAAAUAACGUGUGGGUUACAUGCAAAGACCGUGAGCUAACCAUUAUUCCGGACGACAUUCCCAGAAAUGCGUUAUCCCUGGAUGUCUCCUUGAACCUCUUUGUGCAGAUCACCAGGACAGAUUUUAGAGGUUUGGCGAAAAUUAAAUCCUUAGAUGUUCAACGCAAUGUGAUUUCCCACAUUGACGGUGGAGCUUUUGCAGACUUGGCAGAGUUACUGAUUCUCAUCAUGAAUGACAAUAAACUCACAAACAUAACAGACAACAUGUUUCAGGGUCUGUCCAAGUUAGCGACGCUGGUUCUGAACAGCAAUCAGAUCUCAUUCAUCUCCCCUGUGGCUUUCCAGUCCCUUGUCAGUUUAAAGUGGGUAGAACUGGGCUCCAAUCACCUACAUCAAGUUACAGACAUUGUUCCGCUCUUGAAACUACCAAUGAUAGAAAUCUUAUCUCUUAAUUAUAACAAGUUAACCUCUUUUCAGUCUGACGACUUGCCUUUAAAUAUCUCAAAUGUCAGGUCCCUGAGUCUAAGUCUGAAUCCACUGACGAAGUUCAGCAUCACAACAGACGUCUUUCCUUAUCUGCAGUCUCUGGACGUCAGCGGGUGCAGCAACAUGGAGUGGAAGGUAGAAAACAAGACCUUUCUGAGGAGUUUGACUAGUUUGUUCUUCAGUGGAACUUAUAUGAGCUUCGACACAUACAGAGAGAUGCUGCAGACAGCUGACUCGCUACAAAAACUUGUCCUGCUAAACCUGAAAGAGUGGAUAGACGGUCUCGUAGACAAUGCCUGCAAGAUCCCGUCUCUAAGAUCUCUUGACGUAGCGGUUUGCCAAAUUGAAACCAUAGACGAUAACCUGCUGCGGUCUUGUUCUCAGCUCACUGAGCUCAUUUUGUCUUCUAACAGUUUGUCUGAGAUGUCUGAGCAUUCCCUCCAAUCAUUGACGCAGCUCAGCCUCCUGCAGCUGCACGGCAAUUACCUGUCUAAAGUUCCUCGUGCACUCCGAGGACUCUCCACACUGGAUGUCCUGGACCUGAGCUCUAACAUCAUCAGUGAGCUCGAUUGCCUAGACUUCAAGAAUUUGACAAGACUAACAGAGGUGAAUUUGAACCACAAUCGCAUUUCCAGUCUUCAGGGAUGUGUUUUUGAAAAUCUGAAUGAUUUGAAAGUUCUGAACAUGGGACAAAAUGCAAUUUUUACUAUUCAAAAUGCCUUCAAAAUCAGUUUACGGAGACUAGAGUCUCUGAAUUUGCACAGUAGCGUUCUGGUAAAGCUGAAGCAAGGGGACUUCAGGAAUCUAUCUUCCCUCUGUUUUUUAGAUUUAGAAGCAGAUACAGCUAUUGCAAUGGAUUAUGGGAUUUUUGACGGACUUGAUCACCUCCAAAAUCUUAGUCUGUCGGUAGGUAGUUACCAAAAAGACUUUUUCAGAGGACUGUCUCAUUUAGAAUAUCUGACCCUUCAUCUCACAUUUGCCUGGAUUCUGCAGAGUUCUGAACUAAACAAUGAGCCACCUUUCUCAAAUUUACCCAACCUGAAGAAGCUUGUACUCAAAGUAUACGACAAAUUUACGACUCACAUUUCACCCAGUCUGCUCAGUGGUCUGAAGUCUUUAGAAUAUCUAAUGACUGAGAAAUUCUUUGUGAGGUCUGUGCACCCAGACACAUUUAAAUACACUCCACAGCUGAAAGGUCUUCAGAUAAUCCACAGUGAUCUGUUGUAUUUAACCCCUGAACUGUUCUGGCCGAUCCCAAACCUGAAGGCACUGGACCUCUCCGACAACGAGCUCAGGUCUUUGGACUUCCUGGCUCAGGAGAACCUGCUGGCACUCAGCUGGUUGAAACUCAGCAACAACAAACUGUCGAUCAUCAAUGAGACGCUCCUUCACUCCCUACCUGCCCUGACGUACCUGGACCUGACUGGUAACCCAUUAACAUGCGAGUGCUCUAAUUCUGGAUUUAACCUGUGGGUUCUGAGCAGUAACCAAACACAGGUCGUCAAUGGACACCAGUAUACUUGUGCUUUUCCAGUGAGCCAACAGGGAACAAGGUUCCUGGAGUUUGACGUCCACUCCUGCUGGAUAGAUGCAAGUUUCCUCUGCUUCAUUUGCUGCUUUAGCCUGAUUGUGUUCACUCUCCUCACAUCCUUCACCUAUCACUUUCUGAGGUGGCACCUCACCUACGCCUACUACCUCUUCCUGGCCUUCCUCUACGACAACAAGUGGAGGAAGAAGGUUGCUAAUCAGCGCUACGAUGCUUUCGUCUCCUACAACGUCAAUGACGAGGCCUGGGUCUGCAGGGAGCUGCUUCCUGUACUGGAGGGUCAGCAGGGAUGGAAACUCUGUCUGCAUCAUCGAGACUUUGAACCAGGUAAACCCAUCGUAGAAAACAUCACUGAGGCCAUCUACAGCAGCAGGAAGACCAUCUGUGUGAUCAGCCGGAGCUACCUGCAGAGCGAGUGGUGCUCCAGAGAGAUCCAGAUGGCCAGCUUCCGCCUGUUCGACGAGCACAAGGACGUGCUGGUCAUGCUGUUCCUGGAGGAAAUCCCGGCCCGGCAGUUGGCUCCGUACCACCAGAUCAGGAGUCUGGUGAAGAGGUGCACCUACCUGAGCUGGCCGAGGGCCGCUCAGCACACCGGAGUCUUCUGGCAGAAAGUGCAGCGAUCUCUGGAGGGGAAUGAAGCUCUGGACAGCAUGUAGAGCUCCUUCAGAGAGGGAGACACAAACAAAGAGUGAAUGUACACCACGGUUUAAAAGUUUGGGGUCAGCACCAUCAGCGAACACAAUGUAGCAUUAGAACACAGGAGUGAUGGUUGCUGGAAAUGUUCCUCUGUACCCCUAUGGAGACACUCCUAUAAACAUGUCCAGCUAGAAAAGUCAUUCAUCACUUUCACAAUGUCUACACUGGAUUUAUCAUUCAUUUAAUGUUACCUUCAUUGAAAUAAAACUGCUUUUCUUUAAAAAAUAAGGACAUUUCUAAGUGACCCCAAACUGUUGAAUGGUAAUUUAAGUCCAAAUUCCAAAUGUGUGACUUCAAAACGGUCAACAAACCAAACUCCACCUUUUAGAUUCAGUGUGUGGAUUCAACUGACGCGAAAGAAUCCUGAACAGGGGUUUGUCAAGUUGGUGACUCGGUAAAGUUCCGUUAUCUGGAGAUCAUUAUUUCAUUAUCUCCAGAUAUUUGCAGCCUGUUCUAUUUACUUAUUGUUCUGUUUAAAUCAACACAAUCAAUGCAAGUGUGCUGCAGUAGUUCAUAUCAUUCUGAUAAUAAAAGCAGGCAAUUAAGCCAAAUUAGG